CGCAUGCGCGGCGCGGGUGGUGGCGGCCGUGGUGGUGUUGGCGGCGGCGAUGGGCGGGCGGCUGGCCCGCGUGUUCCGGACUUUCAACGUGGAGAGCCGGGCCCGCCGCGAGAUCAGCAAGGAGAAGCCCACGCCCGCGCCGCGACACCCCACUUCUCGGCAAGACGAGCUGGCUGACCACCCAGAGAUACAAGAAGAAAUUCACAGAAAGGACGAUAGGCUCCUCACCUUGUUAAAAGAUGUUUAUGUCGAGUCCAGAGAUUCACCUGUGCGGGUAAAAGAUGGAGGUGGUGAACAUCUUCCAUGUAAACAGGAGGAAAAGAGACUUACAAAACUAGGACACAUGGGAGAUCUAGAUGUUCAGAAAGUUCCCAAAGGCAAAAUUUCCAUUGUGGAGGCUCUGACUGUUCUUAAUAAUCAUAAACUUCAUCCUCAAAUAUGGACUGCAGAGAAAAUAGCAGUGGAAUACAGUCUGGAACUGAAGGAAGUCAACUCUCUGCUGGAAUUCUUCAUUCCUUUUGCUGUGCAGGAAUUUCCUAAAGAAACCAAAAAAGCUAUAAAACCAACAUAAAAAUAAUUACCAAAACCUUGUGUGAUCUCACUCGUGUCUUAAUUUUACUUUUGAGUAUAUUCAGUGUCUGAAAAGAGUUGGUAACGUGUCACCCGACAGGGUUGCUUUCUUAUACCAGUAAGAUGUAUUCAAGCAAUUCUAUAUCUGAUGGCUUCAGUUAAAUGCAGCAGUUACAGGAUACAGUUUGUAAACCAGACUGUAACAACUAAGUUCAGCAUGUCACGUGAUUCUGAUUAUCCCACUCAUAUGUUAUGGGUUUUAUUAAAACAUGUAGGUUCUAGUGAGAACUGUACCUUAACUGACUGCCUGCCUUAGCAGAGACAUCCUGGCCUUCAGCUAAAUCACUGUUCUUCGUGUAUUAGCUCUGUCGUUUCACGUUACUCUGUUCUUUCAAGGACUUGCUGUCCAGGUGUGUGUAUAUGCAAACAGCUGUAUUUCUUCUGUAUAAGAAUGAGGUAAUAUUUAUACUUUGUAAAGAACGUUAACCGCAAGAUCAUUUGGGAAAUUGAGCUGUGUCAGACUUAAAAUAAAAAGAAGAUGAAUAGCAAAAAGGCCUCUUUCUGAUGCUGGAACAGUAAUGGCUGAUGUGUAAUUCCUCUUCCACUCUAUUCUGCUUUAGCUUAAGUAUCUAUACCUCCCCUGGUACUGUCUGUCAGUAACUUUGUAAAGAGUGAUGAUCUUCUGGCAUCAGUCUCCUGCAGCAGUCUCUGACACCUAUGGUAGGAGAAAUAAUGGUUCAUAUUAUAAUUAAUAGGUAGCUAACAAAUGCAGCGCUAUAUACUAAUUGAACCCGCUAGCAGGUCUUCUGUCAGUGUCUGCCUGUCCUGUUACAACAGCCAUUUUCCCCAUGGAGGCCUUGUCUGCCAUAUCCAAAUGUGGGCUUAGAUCAGGUCAUGUUCAUUGACAGUAAGUCGUCCACGUAGUACCAGAUUGAAGAUGAACAGCAUCCUUUCCAGUUGUUAGUAGGGGAUGUUGCAAACUAUGAGGAGGUAACUCUGGAUUGUAACCUUCCUGAUACUGUAACUAUUCAGGUGUGUGUAGGUGAGAAGUUUUGCACUGAUGAUUAAUACUGUAGUGAAAACUGGUUCAUGUUUUCCAGAUGAGCUGGGGAGGGGGUGGGGACUAAUCAGAAUUAAUAUUUAAAAAUGCAUUAUGGUUGCCUUUAUUUAAAAAAAAAUGUUAAUUUUAUGCAGUGCCAACAUUCCUAGUGCCCAUCACCAAAGAAGUUGAAUUUAUUAAGGAUGAAUGUCACUACCAGGCCUACAAUGUAACUUUCAUUUUAAGAACUUUUCUGCCAGGUCUUAAAUUUCAGACUCUGGUAAAUAUCUUACCAAGGAGAUCAUCAACUUUGCUAUUUCACAGCAAGAUUCUUUCCACUUCUCUCUCACAUGGAACAAGGUAUUUACAGAACAGUUUGCUACAGUAUAUUCAGGGUUUUGCUGGAUUUAUUUCUGAAGUACAUAACACUGUACUCAGUACAGUGUCAUCAGUGGAAGAUGACAACUAAGUGCUUUAUAUAAAAAUUCAAAAAUGUUAGUCUUUGGAUGUAUGGAUUGGGAAUAGGCUUGUCAUUCUUCCUAUAAUGUCACGGGUACAGAGCUGCACUCUGAAACUAAUGCAUCUGAGUGAUGUACCAUGUUAAGAUUUUUUUGUUUUCCACAAAAUACUCUGUUUUAUAGAAUGUUGUAACAGAAGUACUUUAUUGUUUGAGUACUGUUCCUCCCAAUGUAAUAUUUAAGGUAGUAUUCAGAAAACAGCUGUGGAAUGCAUUUGGUACAGGUACUGUUAUUUUUAUUGCAGAUGCUGUGAUUUCCUUCUUUAAAAACGAAUCUUUAAUUAGGUAUUGGAGUUGAUUAAAAACUCACUUUACAAUCAGCACCAGACAACAGCUCAACCAUGCUCCUUGAUUAACUUGGUAUGCAUUGUGGCUUCUUUUGUCUGCCUUUGUGAACUGUCUUGAGAUGUGGCUACACCAUUGCCGUACCCCGUUUCACGCAGAAAGUCCCUGGAGGCAUUGUGGCAUACUACUGCCUGGCUUACGCUCUUCAGCAGGCAUGUGCUUUGGGAUGUUUGGUGCUCAUCGUGUUCAGUGCUCCAGCCAUACCUGUCCAUCAGUGAGAUGAUUGGAAAGCUAUCCCUGGUUUCUCUGGAGCCAGGAUCUUGUCCUCAGAAUAUAUUGUCCAUGGUGGGGAACCAGGUGGGUCCCACAGCAGAGGUGGGUCAGGGAUCCAUCUCCCUGGAAGCAGGUGAACUCCUGGUGGCCCAGAAGGCUUCUCUGGAGCAGGGAACUUCUCUGGCACAGCACAUUCGCUUCAGGAAAAUGAGACGCAAUGUGGUUUACUGUUGGCAUGCAGAUUCUUCUGCUGAUGGUCACCUGCCCCACCUGCUGGGCAAUGUCAAACCAGCAUUGUGCAGGCAUUGCUGAUGGUAUGGGAUCAUGUAAAAUCUGUACCUUUAUCUAUCCAAAUUAUCCAUAAUCUGAAUUUUUAGCUUUCACUGUCUCUUCAGACAUGGAGUGUUUCACUUGCCCAAAGCUCACAAGAAGACCCAGGAGCAUGGAUCUUUGCUCUGGUGGGAAAGUCUGUCCCUAUGAAGCACUCUCAACGCUACCAUCUUGCCCUGUGUAGGCUACUGACCACAGCCAGCCACAAGGUCCUUGGCAGGUGUGUGCUUAAGCUGCAUUCAAGUGAGUACAUGUUUGAAGAUACUGCGGUCUUUGGGGUUGGUACCUGGGACAAGAGUAUUCUCACUGUUGCAUCUUUUCUAGAAGUGCUUAUUUCCCUUCUUCCAGUUUCAGGGGACUCUUUACUCAUCAGUUAUCUUGCCUGCUUACCAGUUUCUAGUUUUGAUGCAAUUUCUAAUCGGAAGAAUAAUGGUAUUUUCUUUGCAUUUUUAGAUUGGUUAAUUUGUGUCCCUUUCUGUCUCUAUCCCUUUCCCGUAGCUAUCAGCUUAAGGAAAAGGUACUCUUCAAGCAACUGUUUUGAAGAGGUAAUUAUGGGGAAUUUGUGGGAACCUGCAAUUCAGUUUUGUGGUACUCGUACGUGGAGAAUUUUUCAUGUUUCAUUGCCAUGCAUGUGGUGCACCAAAUUUAGCUCAGAUGUUUUUGGCCACCAUAUAGAAUCAUUACAUUUGGCAGGGAACAACCUGCCUCACUUAAACUGCUUUGUUCUUGCUGAAUUAAUAUAAAACAUGUGGCAACUAUAAGCUUUGGGAGCCUGUAAGGGAGUUUUUUUCAUGUCUAGUGUAAACGACACACAGUUAACAAGCUUCUUUAUAUGUGGCAUUUUUACACCAAUUUUCCAAAUGUCACUGAAUAAAGCAAGGGCUGCCUUGGGUACUGAGAUAGAGUGAGUACGCGGGGCAGGCUGAGCCACGUUUGGAAAUGAGGGUUACGUUCUUGGUGAGACAUAAAAUUAAAUUUCUUCAGGGGAGUUCCGGCACAUAUACUGAAAUACCUGGCUUGAAUUUUUCCAAAAAAUGUCUCUUGAGGGGGAGUCUAGUAGCUCACUUACCCACAUUUUCUGGGACAUACUCCCGUUCCUCUAGCCUUGUUCUAUCAUUAAAUCUAUUCCCAGCCUUCUCCAGCCAGUUGUCUCUGCUAUGAAAACGUUAUGCAGCUGCACUCUUGCUUUUUACUAGUUCACAUACAAGUGUUGGUUGUAUUCUGCUCUUUCACUAUCAACAACCUGUUUAUUUCUGCAGACCUCCCUUGCCUUCUAGGAGUAGCACAUCUGCUGAGGUAAAGAUGAGAGGACUGAGCACAUGUUUUUCUCUGCAGAACUUAUGAAUAGGACAGAUUUUCAAAAGGGAUGUAGCUUUUCAUAUAUCUUCAAAAGCUGUUCUUUUGCGAUAGGUGAAACUAAUCUUGUGCUGUCUCACCGUGUAUUAAUCGUAGCUAGGUUCUUGCAGUCUGAUGCCGAGACAGCAAGAUUGGAGUUGUGAGGCAGGAGUUUUAACUCUGCUUUCCAUGCAGGUUUGUCAGAGGGAACUUCAGUACAAAAACCAAUCUUUCUGUAGCCUUCCAGCACAGGGAACUUGUCUUUUAAGCUACCUCUUUUUACUCAGGGAGAAAAGAAAAUGAUGUUUAUAUGCAAGAGGCAUGUACUAAACUUACAAAAUGGAGUAUCUUAUUUCUGUAUUGAAAAAUGGAGUCAAACCUCAAGCAGUCAUAAAACAGGAUCAAAACAGGAAAGUUUACAAAGGCGGCUGUCUCACCUUGUUUCAUAUGAACAUCGUGGUUUCAUGUUUGAGAUACCAUGAAGCUUCACGUUCCACGGCUCUGUUCUGGAGCCCCUUUCUAACCAGGGGUUUUCUGGUCCUUCAUCAGGUGGCACCAGUGUUGAGCUGGCAGCAGGGGAGGCCUGGCAAGUGCAGGUGAGCUGCAGGUGCAAACGGACUUUGGCAUUUGAGACUGUGGAAGCUGUACACUGACUGACAUGCUGUUAACAAUCAAAACACUGUGUGUGCCUGUCAUUAUUAAAUCUGUUUCCAGCAAUCUAUGAGUCUAAUGGAUUCUGUAACCUUUCACAGUUUAGGUACUGCUGUGUUGUUAUCAGGGCUGUGCUUUCUGCUGAAAAAAACCCCACCAAAACCAUGGAUUAAUUUCUCUUAGAAACUUAAUAUUAGUUUUCUUGGUCUGAAACAGGCUUAGAUUUACAUGAGGUGACGGCAGCAUUAGGUGACAGCAGCACACCUCAUGUAGCAUGCUGGAGGGAGCGCACUGUGGGAGCUCCUGCGCCUUUGUGGGGUGGAGCGGGGUUUGAUGUGUCCGCUGCCACAGAGAGAAAAAAAACAAAUCUGCCAAGGUGGUUCUCCUGUAUCUGUUGUGCAAGAUCCCCUUUGGAUGUGCAUUACCUCCAUUGCUGAAGCUCUGUCUUUGAGAUGUUUUGGCCUCCUGAUGGGAACAGUGCUGCUGUGUUACCCAGGAGAGAAGCGACUGGGGACAGGACAGACCCCAUAAUCAUCUCCUGUAAGGAUUCCUUGCAUGGGACUGGAAACUGUAUGGUGUCUCAUAGGACUGAGGCUCUCAGGCCACUACUUUUUAGAAAGAUGAGGGAGGUGAUGGUGCGGCUGGAGGAAUACCUACUUUUGGAAUAGUUGCCCAGCGGCAGCCACAUCUGUGAGCUGGGUUCACCCAGGGAAUGAGAGAUCUCGCCGCUGCUGAGCUGCAAAUGGUGCUGGUGAAAGGCAGCCUCCCUCCUGCCAAGGGCUGUUCUGCCUGGAAGCGUGAAUAUAAAGUCACAGCUGGGAGCUCUGUUCAUGUGACAGGUCGGGGCUCUGCAGAAGGGACAACAGUGCUGGCAAUUUGGGGGCAGCUGAGAGUGCAGAGCUGGUUAUAAUUGCCUGUGUUGGCAGAGGGAAAAAGAGAUAAAGGUGGAGUCAUUUUCUCUGAACUAAAGUAUGCCCUGUUAUUAAUUGCACAGGGCUUUGUUCCCAUGAAAAUCGACACAGUGCUGUUUGUGACUCGACAUUUUGACUCUAGCCCGGCCACGUGUUGGGUAUGAAGUAGGGGCAGAGCGCCGUGAGGCCGGAUAGCCAGAGCCAUGUUGAGCUGCUGCAUGGACGGGUCUGUUGGGGGUUGUACAUUGCACACGUCACACUUGAUUGCCUGCUGUCUCCGUCUCUGAUGUUUGCAGCACAGCGCUGUAGCCUAAGAAUGCCACAGGCUUGAAGGUUAGAUCUCUCCUCUUAGAGGGGGGAUGUGGAUUUACAUCCCCCUUAAGGUAAAGUGAAAAUUGAAUGUUAGGAACGAGUCUAGCUUAGCUGUCUCCACGACCCUCAAAAGCUGGAAACUAUGGAUCUUAUUUUAGUUACAUAAUUCCUUUAUGCAUGAAUUUCCUUUAAUGGCUUUGAACUAAAAGAGGGUCGAUUUAGAUUAGAUAUAAGGAAAAAACUCUUCACUGUGAGGGUGGUGAGGCACUGGCACAGGUUGCCCAGAGAGGUUGUGGAUGCCCCAUCCCUGGAAGUGUUCAAGGCCAGGUUGGAUGGGGCUUUGGGCAACCUGGUCUAGUGGAGGGUGUCCCUGCCCAUGGCAGGGGGGUUGGAACUAGAUGGUCUUUGAGGUCCUUUCCAACCCAAACCAUUCUGUGAUUCUAUGAUUCCUUCAUGAGCACCACACGUAGCAGAGCUUGAGUCCCUCUUGGUGGGGCUGAGGUGGGGAAGCAGUAGGGGCUACAGCACGUUGGGUGCAGGAAGGGCUCACUGCUGCUCAGGGAGGGAAGCCUUGCAUGUUCCUUACCACUCCUGCCCCUGUUCCCAGCACUACAGCUCUCCUUUUGCUAGCUGAGGCAAUUGGCAGACCACUUUAUGAACCACUUUAAUUCACUAAUGUGGCAGAAAACAAAUCAAAACAGGUAUAUCUAAAACUGAGAAAGAGUCUUUACUGUUGUCAGCAUCAGUGGCUAUCCUUUGGUUGGAGCCAGCAUGUAUUCAGCUUACUUCUAUUAUCAGCCAUGUCCACUGGGGGAAACAAGUUAUCAAAAUUGGGUAUGUUUUCUUCCACAAAAUUUAGGGGCAAAAAGCUGAACAUGCAGAGGUACCAAAAUGCCUUCGUGAAUUUUUGAAAUCUGUUAUCCUCAAGUUAUUUGAUUUGGGUUGGGAAAAGUGUAUUUUAAAACCUAUUUUUUUAUAUUGUAAUAAAAUAUUUUGGCAUGGUGGUAUGAAAUGAUAUUCACUUCUAAGAACAGUUCAAACUGACUGCAAUAUUUUGGUCAGACACCAAAGAUAUCCCUUGCUUCGCCAAAUAAUAGGGAAGUUAUUUACUUAUUUAUUUGGCUUUGGUUGAUCUCAAAAAGUUUGUCCCAUCCUAGUUACUACCAUUCCCAUCCUUACCUAAAUCCAUUCCUCCCACUCCCCUUGCUACUUUGUUGAUGAGUAUCAUCUGUCAAAUUUCUAGUCCUGUUUCAUAGAUAGGCAAUUAACUGUACAGUGAGUGAGGCUAAUUUACUGUCUACCUAAAGCUACAGCGAAACUGGAAUAAAUACAAAGUAAGUGCAUGGAAUAGCAAUGAAUCAAAGCAAAGCAGGGUACUGAAGAUGUCUGUAGGAUGAAAUAAUGCCGCUCUAUUGGCUUUGCUCCUCCACAGAGGAAGAAAGUGAGAAUAAAUUUCGUACUGUGUUCUGCCUUUCUCAAUUAGCUGUCACCAGUUAAAGAUUUCCUGUGUGGGAAUGAAUUCACAGUUGUCGUCAAUUAACAAAGAAGAUAAAUUCCAUCAGCUCACUUCUGCACGUGCAAUACUUCAAUAUUAAACUUUUUUUAUACUGCAAGGUUCUCAAUGUAGGACUUUUUGAGAAAUGUAGCCAUUUUUCUUGUGAGUCUCUUAAUAGGUUGACAUUUAAUUAUGGUUUCUUAACCCUUUUGAAAGAAAUGUACUAUUUUGUACAGUUUGAAUAAAAAUUAUUUGAAUUUUAUCAUGGACAUAUAGCCGUGAUUAAAAGCUGAGAAGAUAAUACUAAAAGCAAGUCUGUUCUUUCCACAAAUAACAUAAAUACCUGUUUGUGAUAUAUAGGCUCCAUGACGUAAAUAAUUCUCUACUCUUCAGAAAGUAGUGAAACUGUAAUGUUCUGGAGACACCCUAAGGAAAACCCACAGUUUUACUGACAGAGCACUAUGGGAAACCCUUGCUGGGUUUUUAUAUUCAAAAUUUUGUGUUUUCUGUAAUUCUGCUGCUGUGGAACUUGUUACAGAAUUCACGCCUUGCUACAACAUCA